UUUUCUUUCAUCUUCAUCGAUUCAUCCUCAAACUCAGUCAAGCUUACCAUUCUUCAAUCCACCGGAAAACUCUCAAAUCCGAUCCAUGGCUCCCGCGAAGGCAGAGAAGAAACCCGCGGAGAAGAAACCAGCGGCAGAGAAAGCGCCAGCGGAGAAGAAACCAAAGGCCGAGAAGAAGAUCUCAAAGGAAGGAGGAAGCGAUAAAAAGAAGAAGCGCGUGAAGAAGAGCGUUGAAACCUACAAGAUUUACAUCUUCAAGGUUCUGAAACAGGUUCAUCCUGAUAUCGGUAUUUCAAGCAAAGCUAUGGGAAUUAUGAACAGUUUCAUCAACGACAUCUUUGAGAAACUCGCUCAGGAAGCUUCCAGAUUGGCUCGUUACAACAAGAAACCUACAAUUACAUCACGGGAAAUUCAAACGGCGGUGCGUUUGGUUCUUCCUGGUGAAUUGGCUAAACAUGCUGUCUCUGAAGGAACCAAGGCGGUUACCAAAUUUACCAGUUCUUAGAUUUGAUUUUUAGGUUAUUUUUUUUUUAAUUCUGGUUUCUCAGAUCUAGAUUUUUCUUGAUUUUCAGAUGUAGAUUCGGUGUUCUGAAUAGUUAUAAUUUAAGGGCUUCCUUUGAAUAAACUGAUCUUGUGUCAAUUGUGUUUUUCAAUGGAAAUAAUCCGGAUUUUUUUCA